AAUAAAUGCUAGUUAUCUCUAAGGUCCUUUGGUGACCUGGUAUGAAACGACCAGUAAACUUUCUUCCUGGCUUUACUUAGCCCUCAGCCAUUGAUUUAGGGAAUUCAGUGUAACAACUACUUUAUGUUCUAGAUACACAGCCUAGUGGAGUGGGAUGUUUUGUGGGCUGCGAGUUAGCAGGUGGAGCUCUUUUCCCAGCUCCACCUUUAACUAGCUCUGUAACUUUAGUACUUUCUCUUCUGGGUUUCUUUGGUUCCUUAGUCUGUCAGACAACUCUGAUUAACUCCGCCUUUCGUCCUUCCCAGUACACAUGUGAAAGCACUUGCUAACUUGGAUAGCUUGGCCCACGUGUCAGUAAUUAAUACUGUGGACACCUCACAUGAGGACAUGAUUCCUGCAGGCUUCCUGAGCUGUCCUCCCUUUGCAGCAUGAUGCCCAGAUGGACUACUAUGGCACCCGCCUGGCAACCUGCUCAUCAGACAGGUCUGUCAAAAUCUUCGAUGUACGCAACGGAGGGCAGAUCCUCAUCGCAGACCUCAGGGGUCAUGAGGGACCUGUGUGGCAAGUGGCUUGGGCCCACCCCAUGUAUGGCAAUAUCCUGGCAUCCUGCUCCUAUGACCGGAAAGUCAUUAUCUGGAAAGAGGAAAACGGCACCUGGGAAAAGACGCAUGAACACACAGGACAUGACUCCUCAGUAAACUCUGUGUGCUGGGCCCCCCAUGACUACGGCCUAAUCCUGGCCUGUGGGAGCUCGGAUGGGGCCAUCUCCCUGCUGACCUACACGGGGGAGGGCCAAUGGGACGUGAAGAAGAUCAACAAUGCUCACACUAUUGGCUGCAAUGCUGUCAGCUGGGCCCCUGCUGUUGCACCUGGAAGCCUUAUAGACCAGCCAUCAGGGCAGAAGCCCAACUACAUCAAGAAGUUUGCCUCAGGCGGCUGUGACAACCUCAUCAAGCUAUGGAAGGAGGAGGAGGACGGCCAAUGGAAGGAGGAACAGAAGCUGGAAGCACACAGUGACUGGGUUCGAGACGUGGCCUGGGCCCCUUCCAUUGGUCUACCCACCAGCACCAUCGCCAGCUGUUCCCAGGAUGGUCGUGUGUUCAUUUGGACCUGUGAUGAUGCGUCAAGCAAUACGUGGUCCCCCAAACUUCUGCACAAGUUCAAUGAUGUUGUGUGGCACGUGAGCUGGUCCAUCACAGCCAACAUCCUGGCCGUCUCGGGUGGAGAUAAUAAGGUGACCCUGUGGAAGGAGUCAGUCGAUGGGCAGUGGGUGUGCAUCAGUGAUGUCAACAAGGGCCAAGGUUCCGUGUCUGCAUCAGUCACAGAGAGCCAGCAGAAUGAGCAGUGACAAGACUGGCGGGGCCCAGCUCCCCACCUGCCAAUUCCUGGACUGCCCCUUCCUGGACCAACUGACCAGACAGCUGAGAGGAAGAGCUCCAAACUCCAACAAGAUUACUUUCCUAAGAAUAGUUAAAACUGCAACGAGAUUGAUCAUCUACCUUAACAUGAUUUGAUGUGGUUUGUAAUUUACUGUCUGGCUGAAAGCACUAAUGUUAUGAGGGGAAAACAAAUGAUUUUCAAAUCUAUUAUUUAAAAAAUA